GAAGUCAUAAAGACCAGCACGGGAAGAAAAAUGUAAAUGGAUGCUCAUCAUGGUAAGCUUUGGUUAGAAGGAGACUUACAUGAUGUGGAACAUUCAUAAAAUAUUUACAGAUCACAUUAGACCAUUUUUUAUCUUUUAUUUCACAGAAUAUUUAUUUUACCAUGUUUAUACUUUGAGUCUCCCAAUUCACUUUAUAUGUAAAAUGAAGAUCACUUCAUCAUAUAACCAUCCCUUUUAUCCCUCCAUGCCACAGGAUUUUACUAUUUUCCUAACUGAUUAAUUUAUAACUUAGAUUAUUUUAAGUGGAGGUUGUUUUGUGCUUUAAACUGACCCGAAGUUAUUACUUUCUUAUUUUGCAGAAUAAAUUUAAAAAGAUUUAUAAAGAGCUUCUAGAGAAUCCUGAGAAAAAAAUAGUCUUUGACUUUUGUGAACAUAUCAGGCAGGUAAGGGACAUUUAAAAGAAACUGUAUCAAGUUCAAAUAAAUGAAACCCAAUAAUCUGAUGUCAAUAUUGUCUGUAGUAUGUUUAAAUGUGUAUGGUUUGAACCCAGAUGUCUGCCAGAAUUAAGUCAAUGCCAUAGGUAAGUGGAAUUUGAUUUUGCUGGUAAAUGUGGUGGGUACAUAUAUGACAUGGUGUGGUGUUAGUUGAUCGCUCACUUAACCCUAGUAUGAAAAUUAUGAUGAACCUAUAUUUCAGGUCUCAGUGUUGUUAUAUAUUUGUUCAUUACGUUAAUAUUCUUAACUUUUUUUCUAAUCUACAGAUGAACAUUAAAAUCAUUUAGGUCAAAAUAUACCAUAUGCCUAAAUAAGUUUUUGUAAGAACUCCGCUCCCUAAAACUCCCCUAUGUGAAAAUUCAGCUCUAACAUAGUUAGUAAGGUGCUAUUCUUGUCACUGAUAAGUAUCCAUUUUUGCAGGAACUGUCUUCAGGACACAUAGCUUACUUAUCUGCUUGUUUCAAGAAUAUAACUGAUGCACUUACAGAACUCAACCCAGACACCUCAACUUUGGACCAGCUCUUUGGCUUGGACUUGCAUUUAAUCAUACCAUUCAAAGCUUUGAUUCUUGAUGUAGUUCAAUAAUUAGCAAAAAGAUUUCCACUUUUUGCCAUUUGAUGCGUUAUACUAUUAUCUGUUUAAAGUUCUAAUAAUUAUAUACUUUUUAAGUGAGAAAAUAGAUUUUAAUGACUUGUUCCUUUGGUAUUUGUGCUUGUUGUUUUCUUUUUGCUACUUUCCUGAAGUGUAUUCUGCAUCUCUUGAACAAGGAGUUGUCUGCAUACCAGAUGCUGUAGAUCUACUACUUUCAUUAACUGGUUUUCUGAAUGUAAGUAUUGGCACCACUAGUGCAGUGGCUCAUCUGUAAUAAUCAAAGGUCAGACCAUUAUCUGAGCUAAAUUUUUAUGUGUUGCACGUACAUAUAACAUUAUGCAUCCUCAAUGAAUUCAGCGUAAACAGAAUUUCAUUGAUCAGUGCAGUCCGUUUAAUGAUGCAUGUACUUGACUGUUGAAUGAUAAAUGAUAUUGGUUUUUAACAUUUUCACAGGCUUUAUGCGAAAACACUUUGACUGGUGGGUGAAUUGAUAUAUUCUUAUCUUAAAUUUUGUUAAAUGCAUGAAUUCUGAAAAUGCUUGAGAAAUAUAUGCCGGGCAGUAACAAAUUGUUUUCUCGCCAGUUUGUUCCUAUUUUAUUAGUAAAUAAGCAUUAGCAGUACCUGAUUUAAAAUUUUCAUGUUCAUGACUGACAAGGUAGAAAAAGUCUGAAAGGAAAUAUCAAAUACUGUGACUGAGACAACAGAAUUUAAAAUAGAUUCAAUCCAUAUUUUUCCUUUAAGACUGUGUCGAAAGAUCGCUUUUUUGUGUUCUUUUUAAAACUAUUAACCUGAAUCAUUGUUUCUUGUCAAGGUACAAGAUAUUUGAAGCUUUCAACACUGAAUUGUAUAUUUGGUUAAGUAGCAACAAAAAGCCAGGAAAAACCCUCUUAAUUUAGAUCAAUAAAUUACUCAUUUGCUUACUAGCAUGUAGAAUUUAGGGAAGACAUUUUUGAAAAAUUGUUUUACAUGUUACAUGUAUUUUACUUUCAUACAAGGCAAGACAAAGUUGUUUGAAAUGCUGCCAGUCCUGAUUCAAGCCAUCAUCAUUUUGAGUGAUAAAAGGACCACCCUUCCUCUGAGACUUGAUGUAAGUUUUUUUUUAAGUCUGCUCAAGCAGUUUUGGGUAACAGGUCAGUUUAGGUCAGUUAAUAAAGUUUUAUUAAUUAUGUAUUGAACUUUCAGAUAUUGAAGCUAACAAAUUUGAUCCUUGAAGAUCUGGAUCAACCAAAAGAGCACCCUAACUUUACAGUUGAAGAAAUGUAUGUUUGUUUAUUUUUUAAACAACUUAAAAAUAGUUUGUAAAAUUAUUUAAAUUGUAAAUCAUAUACUACUAAAUAAUAAUGUGAAACAACAGAGGCACAAAGUGUCAUGCAUUGUCAACCCAGCUUUAUGGACACUGUUGAUCAGUGCACUGUCAAUGACUGAAAAUCCUACCUGUUGAAACCUUACAAUGUGUACAGAAGUGGCAAAUGACCUUUGAAACGUCUGGUCUAACAUUUAGUCCACCUGGCUGAGUUGCAAACUAAAAGUAUCAAUAUAAAGCCAGAUUCCAUUGUCGUUUUUCAAGAACAAGACUUGAAAGGUACUCCAGAUUGAGACCAUGUUAGCUUUAGUCUUCAUAUGGAUAAAACCUGUCUCUGUGACUUUCUUUCUGACAGCCAGACAUCCAGGUAAUACGGACAUUAUAUGGCAUGUCCCUUUCAUGUCCAAUUAUUAACCUGGUUUCCCUGUACCGCACUAUUCAGUAGAGUACCACAACUAAGAUACCACCACUAAAAAUUAAGGACUAUACUUACAGUGUUAAGAAAGAGGAAAACUGAUACUGGAUAUCAGUCAAUAUAACCGUUAAGUUUUAAGAAACUUACAGUGAUAAAGAAAGGGACUUAUUCCUACUAUCACCAUCAAUCAUUAAGGAAGAGCUGUAUAUAUACAUAUAUAUUUAAAUUUCCCUCUUUCUUAACACUGUAAGUUUUCAAGAAACUGACAGCAAUAGAGAAGAGGGUCUUAUUCCUUGUUUUGACUUUUCAGUAAUUUAUAUCCAUUAACUUAUCCCUGAAACAGAACAUUAGAACCCAGCACAGUCAUUAUCAAAAAGAAGUACAGCAUAAAAUAAGACCUCCUGAGGUGGAUAUCAUUGAAAUAUUGUCACUGUGCUUUUGGUUUUAUCAAGGGGUGGCCUCUAGUAAAGCCUCCUUCUUUCAAAUUUGUCCUUUAAGAGAGAGCUUUGAGUGCACAUGGAGUAGUUGUGUUUGAUAACUGACCUAGAUGAACAUUUUUAUCACACCUUUUACAUCCCCUUAGCUUAGAAGGUAUUAUCAAGUGUCAGCAUUGCAUUAAUGUAGCCUAAUAAUUAGAAGGCUCAAGCCAAAUACUUAUAUUUCAGUCACAUUUCCAAACAAAGACAAAACUUAUGCCGUAAAUUACUUUCUCUAGAGAAAAUAGAAUGGAAGAUAUGCUUGUCUCAGCAGGUGGUAAGUAUUAACAUUCCAUGUUGAUGCUUUCCUCAUCACUUUAUGUUUUAGAAUUUAACUAUGGUAUAAAGAUCAAUGGACAAACUGCAAAAGAAUGAAAAUUCAGAAAAAAAAGUUCUAGGAAAGUCUCUUUUUUUAGGUAUUUUACUAGGGAGAAAAAAUAAAUCUUUUUCCUUCUCAGUUUAUUGGCAUAUUACUUUUAUUCUGCAGAUUUUGAAUUUCAAGCAGCAUUCGUAGAACUUGUCUUUCGCCUAAUUCCAUGUGAUAUCAGGCAAGCAAAGGCCAAGGAAUAUUUCCGCAUUGACUCAGUAUCUCAGGCUUUUAGUGAUAUCCUCAAUGAAGAAUUUGAAGCAGUGAGUAAAAAAUGAAUGUAUUUACAAGUGUAAUUCUUUAAUGUGAAGUAGGUUUGUGAAGUGAAAUAAAUAUAGAUUGAGCAAUUCCAGUCUGAUAUGAAUUUCAAAAAUACCUCAUUUGACUCGUAUAAUCAUACAUAUGUACACUAACGUUUAAUAUCAGGGCUGUAACUAUGAUUUCAAGUUGAUGGGUAAAUGCAAUUGUUGAGCUGGGAAACAGCCAUGGGGCCCUUUUUGGUUCGAUAUAUUUUCCUUGUGUUUCUCAAUAAAGUAACCAGGGAUCAUUCUCAGAGCACCCGAGGGUAAUUCGCAGCCCCCGGCCCUUAAUGACAGACCCAAGUAUACUAAUUUAUAAAAUUACUUUUAAAAAUGUUUGAUUCACAAGUUUUUUUGUUCCUGUUUACUUUAGGGCUGUCGCAACUUUAUUAACACUCUCAAUCAGAAUCAUCAAAGGUAUUUAGUAGAAUUAGGGUUAUAUACUUGAGUGCAAAGGUCAUUUAAUUAUAUGUGUUGAGUAUCUUUUCAAAGAACAAGUUAUGAUUAUGAGCAUUUAGGAAACUUUGAGGUGAAUUUUGGAUAUGUUAGCCAUUUAUUCAAAGUACAUUGGUUUACCACUAUCCCAUUCUGGCAUACUUUGCCCGGUUUUGAUGCUUGUUUUAGAAAGAAAGCCAUCUUAUUUUCUUCCGUCAUGAUGCCAAACUAGUAGUUUGUUAACUAUGACAGAAUAGUUUAUCUUGUGAUGACCUUGGCAAUCAUCCGACAGGUACAAGUUGCAGUUGGUAAAUAUGUUAACUUUUCUUCCUGAGAUUAUCACUGUUAAAGGCUGUUCUCCCUGUGCAGAAGUAAUGAACCUGCAAUAUUCCAAUUAAAUCAGUCUUGCAGUAGUCUUUUGUCACCCAGAGUCAAUAGUUAGUCAACUGUUAGUCACCAGAUGCCACUUGCUGCUGCAAGGGUCUUAAACUUACUGGGAAAAAAAUGAAGGUACUGGCUUUUCCCUCAAAACGGCUUUGCUUGGGUUAGAUAUCCAUGUGAAAAGGCCUUGCCCUUGUCCCAGUGCCUUCAGUACUGAGUAGAUCUAAAAUCAGUGUUCUCAAUAUUGUUGUACUUUGGUAUAUGUGCUUAAUGCAUUGACACUUAAAGUAUUCUUUUAUGAGACUUUAGUACUGCACACAUUACAAUAUCCAAAACAUGUAUCUCCUUUGCAUUUUCUUUAGUGUGAUGCCACUUCCCUGUUAUUCAGCUACGUUUGGUACAUCAGAGGUAAUAUAGUGAUAUAAACGGCUUUUAGUUCUAAUACUUCUGCACAAUGCAAACUCAUGGAGUGUGUAAUCUUUAGUGUUUUGUAGGCGUGCUUCGUAUAUUUUUUGUUGUUGUUGAUUGAGAAGAAGCACAUAACAAGUAAUUUAUUGCAACAGUAAUAAUAUUGUAAGCUACAGAAAUAUUCUAUUUUAUAGGUUCAUAAACCAGUGGAUAGUGGCAUAAAUGACUUUUGGGUAGAUUUCAACUUUGGAAGUCAGUGUAUUUCCUUGGUCAUUCAGGAGACGCCACACAGUCAGGAUAAUGAAAAGGUUUUGACGCAAUUUACACCCUCUACAAUUUGAAUGUUUGAUAUAUAGGAUUAACAUGUUUGACUAUGUAUGUAGUGUUAAAUAGACUCAGACAGUAUAAAGAAGGCGUGAAAAAAUAUUUCUCAUAUUCAUGCUGUCUGAAAAAGAAUACAUCGGUUUCUGUGUCAAACUAUCAGAGACUCCAUCAUAUCCUUGUCGCAUCUGACAUGCAUGGCCUUAUUCUUUAUUCUUUUCUGGUUUGAUCAUAAUUUAGUUUAUUUGUUUGUUUUUUGCUUUCUUUAAAUAGGAAGGUGGUGGCUCUUGGGAAAUUGUGGUGAUAAAAGGAGACAACGUUGAGGAUUAUCGUCUUGCAGGUGAUCCAACCGAUCCAUUACGAGAUAUAACUAGGCGAACCUACUGAAAUAUUUGACGAAAUUGAGAACAAUUAUCUUCUGGUUAAAUCACCUUCAAUUCUUUGCAUUCUGGUUUCAGAGAUCAAACACGAUGAGGUUGCCCUGUUAUUGAAACUGAACGUUCCGGCCGCGGACCUCGUAUGCUUCCUACCUCGCAAUCCCAGCCAAUACAUCAAAAUUUCUUUUAAUGUUGAUUAUAUCCUUUUGUAUGUCAUGCUGCACUCAUUCUGAUACGUUUUGUGAUUUUUAGAUAAUUUUCUGUUUCAAGUAGCAGCUAUAAAAUAGUCAUUUUUUUAGCUGUCAUUUUUUUCAAGCUAAUGUAGGAAAUAUUUUACCCAGGGUUACGUUUGGAGCAGUUUUUUAUUGUGUUCAUUAUAUAUUAUUAUGGAUUCAUGCAUACUUCAGUUUUACUUAUCUUUUUUACUUGUACAUGUCGAAACAUUUUUACAGUAAAUCUGAGGCGGGGUUUGACCAAAAUGUUAAGAACAUGCUGUGAACAUAAGCGUGGUACUUUUGCAUACCGGUACGUUUUUGUUGUAGAGGAGAAUUUCUAUCGCGCUAAUUUUCUCUGUCAUGAAGUAACUGUAACAAAAAUUGUCACCACACAGUGCGUCGGGUAUUGUUAGCUAUUUGUCGCAACAAGAUGUUGCUUUACAGAGUAAUGAAUAAAGCCCCGUGCAAACGGACGCAACAAUGUUGGCCAGCAACUUCCAACAUUGUUGGAUGUUACACUUUGCGUCCUUUUGCACAUGUUGUUGCGCGUUGUUGGGAGUUGUUGCGCAAAGUUUGAAACCGGUCAAACUUUUCGCUACGUGCAAACGGACGCAACAACUCCCAUCAUCAUUGUUGGGCAUCAGUGUUGCACUUGGACGUUGCUUAACACUUGCAUAGCCCUGUGUAAUUGGACACAGCAUUGUUGGCCAACAAUUUCCCAACAUUGUUGGAUGUUACAUGUUGCGUCCGUUUGCACAUCCUAUUGCAUGUUGUUUUCGUUUUUGCGAGUUGUUGCACAAUGUUUGAUACCGGUCAAACGUCUAGCUACGGGCCAACAAUGUUGGGAGUUGUUGCUUCCGUUUGCACGGACCUUAUGCGUAACAUUUAUCAGCCACAGUUGAUUAUCAGUAUCACGCCUUGACACUAUCAACAUACUUCCAGUUUGACUGAUGCGUUAGCAAAGAUAUUCGGUAGACCAGCAAAAAGGGUUCAAAACAGUGGUGGGGAGUCAGAUACAAGUUCAACUGCUAACAAAGCUUCCGUAGCAAUUAAUCCUGUGCAUAUACGAAGCAAGAAAACAGAAGUGACACAUGUUAUGCCAACCGCCAGUAUAAUACUCCAGGUGAGGUCUAGUGCUUCGAAUCUUUCAAUUUUUGAAAAUUUAAACUCGAUUUUUAGUACUUAUAAAUUUGUGAGGGGUGAUAUACAAAAUGCGAGUUGAGUGUUUCAUUUCAUUCUGACAUUCAUACCAGGGCUCGCAAAAAGUCCCAUCGAGUAGUUCGGGACAGGUAGCUUUUCUUGCUGAGCAAGUAACUUAUAAACCUUACUCGCCCAAUGGGCAAGGCAGUGGCGGAUCCAGGGGAGGGGCCUGGGGAGACCAGCUCCCCCAUUAUGUUUAGGCCAAAAUGAGGCCCAAAGGGCUGAAGAGACUGCCCCCCCUUAACUUAGAGUGUGGAUGACCGCCCCCCUUAUCUGAUGGUCUGGAUCCGCCACCGCAAGGGUCCAGGCAAGUCAUCUCCUACCGAAAUCAUUAGCUAAGGGCGCUUUCCAAAAGUCAGAACUAGCCGGACUAGACAUUUUGGCAAUGAAAUAGGCUUUUCCCAAGAGGUUUUGCUGAAAAACCAUCUCCUUUGUGCAUAAUAUUUAGGAUUUGACUGAUUUUGAUUAAAAGCGAAAUUCUCGUAACGAUGGGAAUACUGGCUGGCCGGUCACUUUUGACAAAUGAAAAGCGCCCUAAGACGAAUAGGAAGUGGCCCCGGCCGGUCAAGCAAAUGUGAGAGCCGCUUGUUCAAAGGACAAGCUGGAGUUGAGGUUCUUUUUCGAGCACUGUACACUCGGCGACCCACGGACAGCUAAUCAGUUGCCGGUUGCAAACUUUGCUUGCAAUUAUGUCGUCCGUAAAUAAUCUUGCUGAGCAAUCACAAAACAGUACAUGUUUUAGGCAGAAUUGGCGUGAAAAGGGAGUCACGUUCCCAGCGGAGGGAACGAAUUUUGUUCUUGUCAACCAACGUGGCCGCCGUGUCCUCAGCUGCAAACCAGCAAUUCCCGGCCGAUUAGCUGCACCUGUGGGGACUCCGCUGUUUAAUAAUUGGAAACCCAGAAGUGGGUUGAAAACAUCAUGUUCUGUCGAGUUUUUAGUUGUAUAUCGAGUAAAACACUCUUAAGAGCGAAUGCACAGAAAAAUCGAGCAAAAUCGGCAAAUCGUGGCCACAGCUCAAAACCUAACUUACCCUCAUUUUCAGUCUGUAAUAAGGUUUUAAUGAGUUUUUAACACUGCUGAGGUUUAAAUUUCAAACUGCGACCGAGUUUGGGAAUUAUUUGAGAUUUUCGAUUUCAACGGUCUGCGGGCCUAAAAUUAGCCGCCGAACUCGGGAAAAUAGCCCAGUGACAGAAUUGAGCUGAUUUUUAAAAACCAGCGAAUAUAUUGGCAAUCUUCCACUUUAAUCUCAAAAAGCAGAUAUCUAACAAUUUCUGAACGGCACAUUUUUUAGAUUUAGAGAAUAGAAUAUAGACGAACCAGCAGAAUUUUGAAACGUAAUUUGCAUAAUGCUUAUACAUACAACAAUUUACCGCUAAAACAAAAAUCGAAUUUUCUAUAUGGGGGAAUUCUCCAAAUCACCCCAAAUCCCGCUUACUACCUAAUGAGAUAUGGUACUUCAACAUUAUCUGAAAGUUAGUCUGGUGUUCUUGCGAACGCUUGUAAAAUAGACUGAUUAUUUUGAGGUUAUUUCGCCCCAAACAACCGCUAAUUGACCCCAGGGUCAAUUGACACGUGCACGUCACCUUAGUUUUAUGCGUCGAUUUGAGCUCGUUAAAAGGGAGAAACUAACAAGAUUCUUUCAAUAUGUACCUGUUUUAAUGAAAUACACGCAAUCUUCAAAAGGAGAGGCCGUUCAAUGGGUAAUUUCUGUUCUUGAGAUCUUGUAGAUUGCAGCAUGGCGUCUGCGAGUGGACCUGAGUCUAGGUCUGUUUUCCCGUGGCUGCGAAAUCAGAAUAACAUCAAGAAAUAACUCUCCCUCGAAUCUUCGUAAGUGAAUCAGCUUUGCAGUGCCUUACCUGAGAUAAAAAGUGGGCCGAAAAGCAAACAUUUCUAGCGCAAUUUGGAUCCUUUGUGGAACGCAGUGUAUUGCAGAGCGAAAGGUGAGUAAACGUGGAAAAGUACGUUACCUUUGAUUGCGUGACCAGCCAGUAAACGAUAGUCUCCAGCGAAAAAUAGGAUUCGCAAAAAUCUUGCUGAUGUAUAUUUAACAGUUUGUUACUAUAAAUUUACACCUGGUUUGUCUAAAACUUUAAACAAUGCAUAUCUGUCCAAGAGUAUAACAAUGUUUCGAAAGAUCCACACCCUAAAUAUCUGUGGGCUACUCCUUUUUCCCCAUCACCGAUGUGAACUUCCUUCCUACUGUCUUUUGCAUGAGGCUUGUAUGCCUUUUUAACUGUUAUCGACACUUAAAACUGGCCGUUUAAGGCCUGGUUUAAGAACUUGACUGACUUAAAAAACCGUCGCGAAUAUGCGCUAUUAUUGUUGGACUUUGGAAGCUUUAAGCCCAAAAUGAUGGUGCAAUCUCGAGAAAUUUGCCCGGGUCUAAUUAUAAGACAGGGAACGGUUACUAAGAAAGGGACGAUCUCAUUUAGCAACCCGUGGACAAUCUGGGCAUGCUUGCCUUCUGUCGCAGGGGCAACCGUUAAGGCCAGGUACGCCACCCCCACCCGAAAGGAUUGCAUGGCAUCCACCAUUUUUCAGUCGCUUUUUCUACAUCAUGACCUUCAAUUAUCAUGAAUUAUAAUGCGGGCCUUGAUCGUUGCCACCUUACCAGAAGUCUAAUCUUCGCACUGUUAGACCAUGAGAAUCUCUAUUAUUAUUCUAUAAAUGCACCAUUGACUUUUCCUUGCUCAGCUUCCGGUAAACCGAUACUCCGAAGCAAAAAUAGCUUUACAACGACUCUAUCAAGGCCAGAACUCCUGAUGUCAACAAAUAUACCCCCCCUAAAGAGAGCAAACGUUCCCCGAACUAUUCACUUGACCCACCCCAUCCCUUCGUUAAGAAACACUACGCACUCAGUUCACUGGACAAAACGCGCUCGUGAAUAUACCAAACUAUAGCCGUUCAUCCUACAAGCAAUCUUAGUUUCAGCAGGCGUGGCCACGUUUCCAGUUGCUGUAAGAUUAAUUCGACACCUGCAACAGACACUGUAAAUUAAAUAGCAGCCACAACGCCCUUUUUGAAACAGUCAGGACGAGAAAGUUUAUAAAAGAGUUAACAGGUGUGCGCGGCGGUUUCCUAUUCUUCCUUCCCUCCCAUUGUAGCACUCAAAUUCUGACCCUGAUAUUAAUUCUAGUAGUAAUCAAUCGUUCCUGAACCUAUAGGCACAAGGAUACUAGUUUCUUGCAAAAUAUGCCUUCGGCCGCUGAUUAGGUUUGGUUCUGUGCUUUGAAAUAACUUUAGGAACGAAACAUGAUACGUGAGGGGCGUGUCCGGCUAAGGGCAAGUGACUCUCGGUGGUGAAGACAUAUACUGAGCUUGUCAGUAUUUCGUAGCCUGUACCACGUCGCGAAAAUAGAACAAGCCAAAGAAAAGUAAGACGCCUUUCUUUCCCCAGCCCCGCAGGUUUUUUUGCAUUACUUUUUACUGCACUGAUUCUACCUUUUCGAGCCGGAGCGAACAUGGACGCCCUUGGGGUUAAGUUUCCACUUCAUUUUCGGCACCUGACUAAACGCAAGCGCUGACUUGUGCGCCUAUGCUUCGUUUGCACUGAAGUAGUAGUAUAUGACCACGACAGACUUGCUGCUAUCCUCGGUUUGAAACCGCAAUGGGCAAGAACAAUUUCUUGAAAACAGCAAACUAUUUAAUUUUCCUCCUAACCCUAACCCAAAAAAAUAAUGUUUGCUGGAAAAUCACUUAAUGGACAUACAAUAGCAGAGAUAUCAUGCCUGUAAUUUUCUGUUCAAUGCACCUUAUGACAAGUCUGACUAAUCCACUGGUAACCCAUGCCUUAAAACCGCCUUGAAUCUUAAAAUUUAAUCCAUUUGCCUUUCAUGCGUAGUGGUUGGGGGUAAAAUCAGAAGAACAGAACAUUCAGUAAGUAUGUUUGCUAAUCAUCUUAGUUAACCGCCUUUAAAAUAGGAAAAAAGGACACCUGGUCAUACAGGAAAAUGAGUUCACUGUAUCCCGAAAGCUUUGGUUUCCCGUGCACUUAUUUUUCGCAGGAGAGAAUCGAUAAUUGCCUGGUCACGCAAUCGGAGGUUAGUAACUAAUUUUAAAAAAGUCAUUGAUACCAUCGCCCCUUAGCAAAUACACUACGUGCUGCAAAGGAUCCAAAUUGCGCUUAUAGAAUGUUUUCCUAUUCGGCCCACUUUUUAUCUCAGGUAAGGCACUGCAAAGCUGAUUCAUUUACGAAGGUUCGAGCGAGAAUUAUUUCAUGAUGUUAUUCUGAUUUCGCAGCCACGGGAAAACAGACCUAAACUCAGGUCCACUCGCAGACGCCAUGGUACAAUCUACAAGAUCUCAAGAACAGAAAUUACCCAUUUAACGGCCUCUCCUUUUGAAGAUUGCGUGUAUUUCAUUAAAACAGGUACAUAUUAAAAGAAUCUUGUUAGUUUCUCCCUUUUAACGAGCUCAAAUCGACGCAUAAAACUAAGUUGACAUGCACGUUUCAGUUGACCCUGGGGUCAAUUAGCGGUUGUUUGGGGCGAAAUAACCUCAAAAUAAUCAGUCUAUUUUACAUGCGUUCGCAAGAACACCAGACUAACUUUCAGAUAAUGUUGAAGUACCAUAUCUCAUUAGGUAGUAAGCGGGAUUUGGGGUGAUUUGGAGAAUUCCCCCAUAUAGAAAAUUCGAUUUUUGUUUUAGCGGUAAAUUGUUGUAUGUAUAAGCAUUAUGCAAAUUACGUUUCAAAAUUGUGCUCGUUCGUCGAUAUUUUAUUCUCUAAAUCUAAAAAAAUGUGCUGUUUAGAAAUUGUUAGAUAUCUGUUUUUUGAGAUUAAAGUGGAAGAUUGCCAAUAUAUUCGCUCGUUUAUGAAAGUCAGCUCAUUUCUGUCGCUAGGCUAUAUUGCCGUGUUCGGCGGCUAAUUUUAGGCCCGCAGACCGUUGAAAUCGAAAAUCUCAAAUAAUUCCCAAAUUCGGCCGCAUUUUGAAAUUUAAACCUCAGCAGUGUUCUAAAUUCAUUAAAACCUUAUUACAGACUUAAAAUGAGGGUAGGUUAGGUUUUGAGCUGUGGCCACGGUUUGCUCGAUUUUUCUGUGCAUUCGCUCUUAAGAGCUAUUUGUGUGACUUCUGAAGUGAUCGAUGGUGCUACAAAGAAAAUUCAAUGCCCUAUACUUUUGGUCGUGGUUUCCAUUUGUUCUUCUUUUUCAUGAAUCAUUAAUGAGUUUGGCAAAACAAUUCUAACGAUUCUAAAACUACUUUUUAGACUUUCCAUGAUAUAUCACUACACGUCUUGUUUUGGAACGUUUCAAUUGUAGCCCUAACUGGAAGGGUCUUUUUCCUCAUCUUAGCUUUCUGAAAGUACAACGGACCAUGACGAAGAAAAUGUUCAAAUGCAGGAAAAACCUAGUGGAAGAAUUAGUGGAGAUAACGAGAAACCUGAACGAAAUAGUACUGACAACCGCCCGGUAAACGACGUCACCUCAGACAAUGAUGAAGCUGAACAUGAGGUAAAACUUUAUUACACAGUAUGAAUGUAUGUGUGUGAAGCGGAAAACUAGUCUAACUUGUGAAGAAUUAACUGAUAUACUGCUCUUGUUCAGAUUGGUCAAACACCUCUCGUUUAUUCUUUAUUUAGAUAUGUUUCUCCAGACUCGUAGAAGGUAUUGUAGGUUAUAUACACAAAAACUAAAAAUAACGACAAAAGUGUCGUGCAAAUCUCACGACAAUUCUUGAACAGUUUUCGUACUUCUUUUUCUUUUUAUAUGUUAAGCCUGUGGGGAAAAAAAAAACGAAACAUAAUAUGUUCACUACUUCGACCUCCUUGUAUAACUGUUUGCCUUUCUAUUUUCUUCUUCUUAAGGCUGGUGAUACUUUGAAUGACGAUCACUCAGUGAACGAAGAUGAACCCCUGAAAGGCCCAAAGCAAGAUGAAUCUUCGGCUGGAAGUGAAGAUGAAAACAACGAUGCAUGGAAACAACGUUUGGAGCAAACAGUGCGUAGAGAUGAAUCCGAAAAACGUCCUAAGCAAGCUGAAUCUUUGGCAGCAAAUGAAGAAGAAAACAAAGAUGCAGAAACUACAGAAAGAAAAAAACCAUCCACAGUACCUGUAAAGCGGAUUUCUGAACGUAUUCGAUCGCGAGAUAAUCUGCAGUCAGUACAGGUAAGUCAGGGUCCUCUUAAUUCAGUGGUAACCAUCUGUUAGCUAGUUUAUUUUGACAGCACGGAUAAUAGGUAGAUCAUAUGGCGUAUAACACCUGUAACCCCCUCAUGCAUGUUCUUCUUCGUGACAUUUGCUCGGGAUCUAUUCCUUUCCAUCAGUCCUCCUAAGAUGUCUUCCUUCAAUCUGUGCAACCGUUGAGUAGUGUAGUAGGGAUGUAUGGUACCCAUUUUCUGAGCGAAAAAUUGGCUGACAUAAGGCGCCAGGUCACCGUGCUAGUUUAGGCCUUUCAGUGAUUUGCAAACGGUAACUAAAAUUAAUGUAAUAUCCAAAUAAAUGCUUUAGACUCUUGAAGAAAUUAAUCAGGCUACUGAAGUUAAACAGUCGAUUUAAAUGUUCUUAAAACAUAGCCAGUCUUAACGUCCUAUUGAUGCUGACAGUUUCGAUGACUGUCAGCCAUCUUUAUCAAAACUUGAAAAACAUUAAAAGUGUCAGAAGCCUUAAAUAGGCUUCUGAAGGUGUUAAUUAUUGCGAUAAACGCGCAAAGUCACUCUGUAGACGCCCCCUCCCCCCCCCCGGUUUGGGGGUGGAGAUCACUUGUGUCCAUAUGGGAGAAAGCUGAUAGGCUCCCUCGUCCCUGUUCAUAGUAGGAGUGUUCGAUCUAAUACAUAUGCUUUCCUUGAUCCAUCGCUUAAACUUGUCGCUUUCCAGUUCAACCAUUUCACUUGCUUCCCAAUUCAUAAUAUGAAUUUUCUGACAGACGUGGUCUGUUAUGGCUGAUUUAUGGUGUUCAUUAGUAGAAGCUCUGCGGGUGGAUCUUGUGAAAUUUCUGUCAGAAAUUUAGAUGGCUGAUAGUCAUCGAAACUGUCAGCAUCAAUAGGACGGUAAGACUGGCUAUGUUUUAAGAACAUUUAAAUCGAAUGUUUUAGACUGUAGGAGAAUGCAAAAGAUAUAUAAAGAAAAACGGAUUGCACUUACCUGAACUUGAAAAACAGCAACCGCUUUUUUCCAUUUUGUCUCAGAUCGUGUGAAUAUGUGACUAAUAAUCCUUGGGAAUAAUCUUUGUUUGUUAUAUGGCGCUGAUUUUGUCGAUGAAAAGCGCUUCGUUUAGUAGUUUGUUGUUUAAAUCUCGUAUUCAAAGAGAAUAGGCAAAGUCAUCGAAACCUUCUUACCCUUCCAAACCUCUUGAAUCUAAAGUGUCUGUCUGUGCUUUAUAUUUUGUUGUUAAUUCAGCAUUCUUCAGAGGAGGAUAAUAAAAAAGAUAGAAUGAGGAGGAAAUCGUUGCCAUCAGCUUUUAAUGUCAGUGGUAGACUGGCUGCCAGUAAACAAAAGACCAUGCCGACUAAAUCUUUGUCAGAGGCUGCAAAGAGUCGCAGAGCUAUCAGAGAAAAAGUGUUUGCCAAGGCACGCCGCUCCCCUACACGUAUACAGGUAAGUGUAGGUCAAUAGACUGAUUGACUUGCUUCCAACAUUUUUAAGAUCCAAAGUGUCUUAAUUUUCUUUUUCACACUUAUUCAGUUAAAUAAGAGAGUAACAACAGUAUAUUUGGUAACCAGUCAGGAAAGACUUAAAGGUAUUUUGACCCAGUUUCCCGUGUGAUUUCAAAUGAAAGAGUAGGGAGUUACCUUAGAAUACAACACCACACAGUGGUCAAUAGUCAUAUUGUGAUUUAAUCUACCAAUGCAUGUAUCCCAUAGACUGAUUCCCAUGGAAGCGAUUAGUCCAGUUUGCUAAAGCGUUACAUCCUUUCAUCACAAAUGAUCUUGAAGCUUCAAUCAUACACAUGCAUGAUCUUAUUAGACUAAACAACAGCCAGAGGAAUCUCUUACAACACUUCUUAUAUUAGCUGUGACUGAUUAUUACUUUGUGAUAAUAUUUUGUUCUAAUUAUCUAACUGAGGGAGCCCAUUCCUCAUAAGCCCGGUGGCUUCUCUUGGGCUUCCUCGCCAUGAGAGUUUAAGUAAUUAGAUUUUAUUUGAUUUGUACAAUUUUUGGCAAACAAAACAAUAAACAAUAAACAAUAGGUUGGAUCCAAUUUCAUGCCAACUUGUGUCCAUACUUGUGAAGCGGUUUUAGUUGUAGACAAAAGUGGUCUUCGUUUGCUUUACAUGCAUACAUAAAUGUACUUUUCUAAAGUGUCGGAAAAUAGCUAAGAAGCUAAUUGGGGACAAAAAUUCCUAUCUACACAUACAUUAAAAUAAUACUCAUCUGAAUAUGUACAUUAAAAUACAAAAAUUGAGAUUAAUGGAUAUUUAUGUACAAUAAAAUAUAAACAUUGAAAUAUAUGAAUAAUUUGAUCACUUGCAUAUAAAUUUCAUUACAGAAAGUUAAUUAUGUACCACAAGUCUGACUUUCCUAUCACAUCCUCACAAGCAGUAUGCUACUUGGGACGCUUCUAUUCUUUGACUUUUAAAUAAUUUGUCUACGAAGAACAUGUAAAAAAAAAGAAAAAACAAAGAAAACUCCCUAAACUGAAAAUGAAAUAGUAGACAAAACACGAUUUACAAACUAAAUGUCUAAUUAUGUUUUAUACACAUUGUUAUAGGACUAAUAGGAGCAAAAAAAGGUUUUGUUAAUGACUGAUAUAAAUCAUCGGAAAAGGCUUAUAAGGCCACUGAAACACAAGAGCAAAUUAUGCCAUAAAUUUGAUAGUAAAUAGAUUUCCAUAUGUAAAUAAUAACUAUUAUCCCCAAGUGGCAUAAAAACUGCUCAUGAGGAUGUGAUAGGAAAGUCAGAGAUCUGGAAUAUAUUAUCGUGCGAGAGGGUUUUCAUUGCAGUUGAAAAUUGGAUGGCGAGGUGUUCUCGAACUAGCCUGCUUAUUUCGCCUCAGAACGAGAACCUUUGAACCUAAAAACUGCCAAGCGGUUUCUGCAGAUGCUGUGUUUUGUUUUCUUAAUAUUUUUGUCGAAAAUGAACGGACAAAUGCAGAGUAAGUUGGAUAAAUAGAAUAUUUUUAAUUUCAACGCGCAUGUAGCAGAAAGUUGGUUGUAUUAAAGCGCUAACUGUAUUCGCCGUAGUUGUUCGAUUACUCAUUUUCUUCCAACAAUGCUUUGGGCAAGAACAACGUUUCAGUUAAGAGGUAGUUUGUCAGCUCUCUUCCGCUAUUUGUGCGUUUACGUUCACAAAUAUGUUAGCCUAUCAUUUUAGCAUUAAAUUUGACCAACAUUUUGUGGAGCGAUUUCUACGGUCACGAUUGCCUUCAAACUUGCAGACAUAAAACUAGAGAGCUCUGAGGCUUAUUUGUCGAAGUUACGCAAAAAUCUGUCGUGGGAUUUCGAAGUUAUUUUCAUUUGUCGUAAAAAUUAGGUUUUAAAUAUAUCCCGAUAUCUCAAGCGCUUUUAUAUCUAUAAGAAAAUAAAUAAAAUUUUCUUAAAGUUCCAUCAUUAUUUAUAAAGGAUGCAAAAAAUCGUACAAAUCGGUUGAAUCUUUCAUUCUGAGAAACGCGAAUCAAAAACAUAACCAACACGCAUAUAAAUAGGAACGGACCACCUUAAUAUGGUCGUCUUACAGAUAGAACUGAUUACAUUACAUUCCUGCUUUUUCUUUUGUUCAACGAUAACUUUAGACAGUAACGCGAAAGUUAAUCUUUACUGGUUAGCACAAAUUAAAAUUUUAUCGUGCCUGCUAUCAAUUGUAAGUUCUGCCAGUCCCAUGGCGUUGAAAUCCAGAGGACUUUGGUUGUGUGGAACUCGGACGGUAAAUACCCUGCUUGUACAACAAUAGUUUCUAUCAAUUCUUUCAGAAGGUAAUGGAAGUCAAGUAUGGUAACAGUACGUUACACAUGAUGAGCCCGGCAAGACUACGAGAGCCUAGAUCUGGUAAGAGAAGAAAACGCAUACUCAAAGCUUUACCGAUUAAAGGUUAUAAACAGAGGAAGGCAGACAAGCCUUUCAGUUAUAGUGAUGUUUCUUCUUGUAAUCAAGGUGAUGCCUCAGGUAAUGAUAAUGAAGACAUAAGAGAGAAAUGUACUGAUGUAAUUCAGGACUCUUUACCGAUUGCUGACAGUACGGAGGUAAGUGGAUUUGAGCUAGAUAAUAUCUCAAAAACGGCACUAAUCGUCACAGAUCCUUUGGAGGAUCAAAAGGAGGGGCCAGUGGGCACCUUACUUUUAUAUGGCCAAAUGAGACAGGCCACAGGGCCCAAGCGAGAGGACCCUGGGGACGAGGUUGCGCAGGGCCAAGAAGAAUUAUUUUCGAUGCUGGGUCCCUCUGUUAUCCAACGGACUAAAUGACCGGGUCUCUAACUUACGUAAAGAUCUGAAUCCACCACCACCACUGAUAUCAAACUCUGAAAAGAAAGUUGAAAAUACAACGUGUUGUGAAGUAUUUUUGACGAAUUACGAGGUGUAAUGAAACUCAAACACUGUUUCGAGUGCUUGAUAUAAAUUGUUUAACAAAAUGUUUUUGAUGGUAAUUUAAGUAUGCAAGUUGAAAAGGAGCAGUAUUUUUUAUCCAAACACGUCACAAUGUUUGAUUCUCUAUUUGCGUUAGAAUUUUUAAUGGCGUAUUGCUUUGUGUUUAAGAGGAAAACUUGCAUAUCAAGUGAUUUUGUUCUACAGCGCAUAGGAGAGCUGAAUAAGGUAAUGAGAAUCUCUCUCUCUUUUUUUUUUUGCUUUCAGGAUGAGAGUGGGCCAAAACACCAAGAUAUUACUGGUGGUAAUAAAGGAUCCCUAGUUAAGGAGGACAAAUCGAGAGCAACAAGACAAAGGAUAAACGUUGAUAUCGCAGUAGCUUCCAAAAACAGCAAAGCGGCAAAAACUCCAAAUGGAAAGUUACCUGAAGGACGAAACGCAGGUAAAAACAUUUGCACCACGAACUUUACAAGCUGCUCUUUAGGCCUUGCUAGAUUUGUUGCACUGAACCCCCUCUAAGCGACCAGUCAUUUUUAGAAUUUACCCUAAAAUAGUUUUAACCACUGACUAUCAGACCGGUCGAAAAAUAAUACUGUCGUCUGAGUAUUUAAUUUAAAAAGUCAUCUUCUGGUCGUCAUCUAGUCAAAUUUUAUACCCACCACCUUCACAUCCAUUAUUUCCUUAGCCGCCAUCACUGAAGGCUACAUCGCUCUCUGCUCCAUUGAUAAUCCGAAGUUGUUUACGCAACUCCUAGGCAAAAUCACAACUGCAGGAAAAAUGGCUUAACGUGUCAGCGGAGUAAAUGGGAAUAAAUUUUGGAUUGUUCCGGAAUUUUCUUUGUUAAUAGAAUGGAAAUAAUGACCCGCAAGGUUAUUUAUUGAGUUUCAACCAUGUCUCAGGAUUUAUGUAACAAAUAUAGCAAGAUAUUUUCCAUGUAUUUAUACUGGGGCCUUAAGCAACCCCGACGAGCACAGCAACAAAAACGUGAAAGACAACUAGUUUUGUAAGCAAGACAUCAGCUUUACAAGUGCAUCCCAAUUUUCUGUGACGUCAAUGCAACCUUUUAUGGAGGAUGUCAACACAUUUGGACGAUUUAUGCUUUCUCUUUUUCUACCUGGAUAAAGUCAUUAAGAGUUUAACUCCAGGCAAAUACGUCAGCAUUUGACUAUUUGAACGAGGUAUAGUAAGCGCAAUAGAGUUUAAAAGAGUGCGAAUUUAUUUUUUGUGUCAUUUUUACUUACUUCUUCCUCCUGCUUGCCCAAGCGCUCUUCCGUCUGCUUGUUUUCCUUUCUAGAAUUAAAAGCAAGACAUCAGAUAGAGCUUGUUUUUCUUUACAGAGUCUAAACGGAUACCCACCAAGAGGAGGCCUACAAGAAUGGAAAGGAAACAAAAAGAUACUCUACCCAUGGCGCAGCCUCAAGACACAGAGUCUGGUGAUCAAAAUGAGCCAGCAUUGAGUGGUAAAUUUACCCAUUUUUAAAAGCAGAUCGUAAUUUGUUGUUGCCCUGGUUCCUUGUGUAGCUUCCGUCUCGAAUGAUACAAAAGUAGAAACAUGAAAAACAUUUUAGUCAUCAAAUGUUAUUUUUGAAGAAAUGACCUUUUGUGCUCGUUAUUCUAUCUUGUUGGCCAUAGAGGAUGAGUAGUAAAACUGUGAGGUCUUGUAUUUUUAGAUGUCAAGAGGAGGACCACAGACCAGAGACGUUCACAAGGAGUGAAAAGAAAAUACCAGAAGCAAAAAGAGACUCGUCACUUGGUUGUGGUAGAUAGUGACUCAAAUUCUGAAGAUAAUCCUAAAAUCCGAAAUAAGAAAGUGUCAAGAGGUAAGACUCAAUUUGAAAAAAAAUUGAAACCAAACUUCAUGGCUUGGUUCCACUGUUGUGUUUUAUGUACGGAGGCAGCGUGGUCUGCAGGUUAUCGCGUCGCAUUCGUAUUCCAGUGGUCGCAGCUUUGAGUCCCGAUCAGACCACUGGUUAGAUAGGUUCAUGGUCGUCCCGAAGUAGUAUGGUGGGGAUGUUUUACUCCUAUAGCACAUGACCUUAUAAUAAGAUAACGAUAAAGGGCUAUAAAGUCAUCGCGUUAAUGUUUUCGCCCGCAAGUUAAUGAGAUUCCCCCGCAAAAAAAGAGGGGGAGAACGUCCCUACCAUACUACUUCCCAAGUUCAAAUCUUCGGUUUUGAAAGCUGGCUGCCUCCUAACAGCUUAGGUCUUUAAUCCUGUUUUGUUACAUUAAUUGUAUUUAUUGUCCAAAAUAAUUUGAGUGGAGUGCCAGUCCACCAGCUAGAGCAGGUAAGCUGUUGCCCACUAUAUAUACAAAGCAUUUACCAUUUUCCCCCAUUUACCUUGGGUAGUAUUCUGUGUAAGCGUCAGCUCGACUUGUAAGUGAAUUCCUCCAGGACACGCAUUUCUGACACAUCGUAUAUCGAAAGGUUAUUGGACGGGUAGAAGCAUGACAGAUAGAAUGACGGGCCUCGCUUUAACUUGAUACUCUUCUUUCCAGAAGUUAACAAAAAUUCUACAAGCAAGAGGUCUUCACAACGGAAACAAAAAGAUCUGCCCAAGGACGAGGCUGAAGCCAGUAUUUCGGAGAUCGAUGACAAGAAUGAGGAUCACAAUGAGCUUGUUUGGAGAGGUAACUAUACAGGGUUUUCUCUUAACAAGUCUAUCUUCAUUUUCUCAAGAUGAAGCUUAAAGAUCCAAGCCUUAAGUUAAAAGCUAGGUUUUUGUGAAAUGCAAGAUAUGGUUCAGUAGUUUACAGUUGGGGAAACUGGAAAGUUGCUCCUGAGAAGCUGAAAAAGACGCAAGGGUUUAUGUUUAAGUCUGAUUUUCUAGGUGACAGCGGCAGUGAUGAAGUUACAGAGUGCUAUGGCGAAACAGAAUGUUACGUUGAAGACGCCAGUCCCCUUAUAAAUUCAUCACCAGUUGCUCAAACUGUUAGCAGACGAAGAAGACAAAGUCUGUUGAGUGGAGACAGCCCUACGGGAGAUGUUGGCCUCUGUAUUUCAGCGAAAAAACCAGUACCCAAGAAAAAAAGGCCAUUAACAAAAGCUGACAUCGUUAUGAUGAGAAGUUUCACAACACCGCUAAGCACACGAGAAAUUGAACUGCAAAUGGAGGGAUCACCCCAGGUGAGUUAUGUGUAGAUGUUUUGAGAACUUUGUCCGCGAUUUCUCCUUCAUCUUUGUACCCCUUCUGCUGUCUUUCCUUUUUCUGAUGAGUUGAUGUACCUAUGUACAGAACUGGAACGGUUCUGUUUAUAUGAUAUGAGAAAUUGUAAAUUAGAUUUCUCAGACUGUGGUAUCUGUUAGUAACUGGGCCCGAGGUGGUUGGAAGGAGAUAACAUUUCGCUCGGAUUUAAGCAAAAAAACGAUUUCUAGUCUAAACACUCGUAACUGAAGCUUAAAAAAUAAUUGACGCUCUACUAAGAGACCCUGUUAUAUUAAUUUAAUAAUGUCUACGUGGAAACAAUGACUCUUUAUCAUUGAAGGCCUUGCCUAUCCUUGUAUACUUUAAUGUUUGUCUUAAUUUGUCAGCAGUCCGCUCCAGUGAAUUCAUUCAGAGAUAUGUUUGAGGCAUUUACAACCCCAGGUGUUAACGUGCUUGUUUUUUGCAGGCCCAACCGUCAGAUGUAGAAUCUGUUAGCUCUGAGGAAGAGGAUAUUCCUUUAAAACGUGCCAAGGUAUUAGGCCAUUUCCUAGUUCCCAGGGGCCUCUGUAUCAAAACGAAGUUAAGUGUUCAGCCUUUGAUGUAGGAACGAUUUUUCGUUCUCGUGCUAAUAAAACUCAUUUUCACAAGAAAGGUUGUGCACUCGGCCUCAUUCUGUCUUUUCCUUUCUUUGUACUGACUGAGGCAUAACCACACAGACACGUAAUUCGUCUCUUACCCAUCUUUAUAGAAAGAAAACGUGCACGACCACACUCGUAUCUCUGAGUUCUAUUUACUUUUGUAAUGUGUGCAAGAGAUGUCUCCAUCAAGCUUUAUUUUGUAAAGAAUAUGUUACAAGCACGAUUGUUCUUGAUGUAGUUCUAAGGGCUUUGUCAUCACUUUCAGAUUGCUCCAAAUCUUAAAACACCAACGGAGUUAUCUCAGCAAACAGACUUUAGUUACACCGCUAAACAAAGGGAUGAUAAAGAGGACGAUACUGGAGAAGAAUCGGACUCUGUUCAUAGUGAUCCUGAACUGGAGUAUGACUUUAAUCUUGAUAGCAAACCUUAUGGUAAAACAAGUCAUAAGAAACAAGGCAAAAGUCUGGUAAGCUACUUUUUUGCCAACCUUACUUUUUAAUCUGUUUCUUUUAUGUUCGUUUUCGGUAUUGCUGGGCUCUUUUCCGCUAGAUUCAAUCUAUCACCACGGGGAAAAUUGCACUGAAAAUUAGAAAGAUCUGUUUCUGCCCCAAAGUGUCAAUUCAGCCCUGCAGGACAAAGUCUGAUUCAGCCCUUCCUGGAGCCAUUUGAGCACAGUUUAGGCCAAAAAAGCUCGAUCAAAAGGCUAUUCCAGCCCACGGUAGGGCCCAUUUUAGCCCUGGGACCAAAUCAGCCCUAGCUAAUUGGACUGUAUUGGCCCUGAUUUAAGGGAGCCAAAUUAAACCCAAAAUGUACUCACCGAAAUGGCCCUGUUUUUAGGGCUAAAACAGAUCUUUCUGAUUUAGAGUGUGAACAGAGUGUGAACAGCAUAUAUGACCGCUUCUUUGCCGUUACGUUAGGUUAGAAAUUUGACGCGUAAAAGACACCCUACACGGCUUAUAAUUCAGCCGGUGUAAAACACUACAGUGUGUGUAAACCGUUAACCUGGUGUACGGCUAGUCACAACUAACAGUAGUUGCCUUUAUAGAGACCACCGUUUGCGUCCAGAAAUAACUUAAUCUUCAUAGACCACAUCCCUCAUCCGGGGGUUUGGGAGGGAGAAGACUGGAAUCUUCUCACAUUCAAAGAUUUUUUGUAUUAUUUCCCCGAAUUAUUCGCACAUGCGCGUUGUUUCCAGUUCAUCACAAAGAGAAUACGAAAAUUUACCAAAAAGUGAAGGCCAUUAGUACAGAGUGCCUGUUUCAUAGUGGUUCAUCAUAUUUUCCGUGUUUGCUAAAUCUGUUAAACGUAAUGACACCUGUUAUACAUAACAACAAAAUGCUUUUGCUACACAUUCCAAAGAAAUGUUCAGGGAAAACCAUUCAACAAUUGUUAUUGCUGUUCUUUCUCUUACUGUCUUUCUAUAGACUGGCCCAGGCUCUGGAGGAUCAAAUGCUGCAAAGCGUUCCAUGAUUUUACAUGACUCAGGUAGUGUUGAUUAUGGAUCACAGACCGUUUUUAUACCUAUAGUAUGCUUGAAAUGCUUCUUCGACACAAAUUAUUGGAAUUGUUUCGCUUCUUUUUUGCUUUGCUGUUACACAAGAUAUGUUACAAAACAAGUGAACCCAUUGUUUCUUUUAGCUAUCAUUGUUUAAAACCGAUUUGAAUUAAUGCUUCAAAAAAUUUAAUACAAGAGAGCAGCUGCAACAUCUUAGGUGUUGCUUGGGAGGCUCGUCUUUUAGAAACGCAUGUAGAAAGUAUCUGUUAGUUUUUGUCUUUCGUUCGCUUCACGGUCGAUUUACACUACAGAAAAGUUGAAGAAUGCUGUUGUUGUCAACUAAGUGCAAAAGAUAAAUUUACGGACACAUUUUUUAUUUACAAUAUCUGGUCGCUUAGCUGUAAAUUUCCUGUUGUCUCGUGAAAACUUGAAAUCUGUUCAUGUAUGACCCGUAUUUUAAGCAGUUUUCCGUAUGUUAUUGCGGAAGUCGUAACGUGCGACGUGGCGUUUUCUUAUUUAGUUGUGACUAAAAUAUUGCCAAGCCUUGAUUAGAUGGGAAUACUCUUCUCGUCCUACACGUUUAAGACCAGGCCUGGUUUAGGACAAUCGUUGACGUGAGACUUGCGCAAACGGAGUGCAAGAUAACUCUAGAAAGAGAUACUAUAGACGGUAAAAUAAGCAAGCGAAGUUGAAGAAAAGAAAUUGCAUGCACGUAGCAUGAAACUACGUCUGGUAUUUGUUCGAUCCUUUGUGUGUCUUUCUUGUUUAGGUAUUGGUGAAACACCGUUCGGAGAAGAACGGCAUAAACGGUCAAAACAACCGAGGAAAAGGACUCGGAAACCACUCCAAGUGUCUGUUGCAAAAACACCAGUUACACCAAAAUCAGAUCAAGAAGAGCCAGGUAAGAUCAAUGAUAUCGUUUUAUUUUUUGUUUGCUUGCUGGUUACUUUCUUUUUUUCCAUUUACUUCAUUAACUAAUCUCUUGAUACCUUUAGUUAUUCUUUGUCUCUUUAACUAUCCUCCUCACUUAUUUUCAGCUGAAGAUGAUUCCGCAAAUGCUGAGGUACGUAGCCUGUUUUGUGGGAAAAUGAAUACUACUCUUGGGAGGGCUUUGUCACAUUACUUACAUAUUAAGAAACGGUCCAGAUAAGAACGAUAGCACUGAACGGCAACGAACAUGUUGGAAUGCAAAAAAGGUGCUAACUUUUCUAUUGUCUGUACUUACUUCUGAUUGGCUUAAACAGCAAAAGUUAAAAAAAAUUCAUAAAGCAGUACAUAUAUUCAUCCUUACUUUCCAACCAUCUUCCAUGUAACAAAAUCUGGUCUUAGUUUAAUAACAAAGAAAUCCUAUGUGGGGAACAUGUAAAAUUGUAAACUUUUCUUGGCUAUUGUUUUCAACUCUUGUGAUUGGUCAAAAUCUUUUAACAUAAAAAAAACCCCCUUUCAAAGUGGAGUGUGAAUGCAUUUUAUUGCGUAAACGGCCUUCAUGUAGGUUUAUGCAUUCUCUGUGUAAAAAUGAGAACAUUCCUAUGUGGGGAAAGCACUGUUCCCGCAUAACAAAAGAAAUUGCUAUCCACCUUACUCGGAUCAUUACUUAACUGUAAAUUGAUCCAAGAAGUCAUACCAUAAGUACAUGUAGGUGCGAUAUGAUCUCCCGGGUGAAUGUAGUCCUGCAGAGGACUGUUGUUGUCAGUGUUCUAUCGUUACUGAUAAACUUAGUUGAUGGUACUAUACUCCAGUUUUUUGCCUCGGCUUUUCAAUCCACUCCCUGUGUUAAAAUGUUUGAUGAUCACUUGUGCAUCUAGGUUUUAAAACGUCACCAGCAGUCCCAUUCAGGAUAUUCAUGACUAGGCUCAAUACUUAUGUGGUGUAAUUUGUUUGUAGACUGAUGAAGAGUCUAUCUCACCUGACUUAAAGCCAGCCAUGGUUAGUGACAACAACUUUGCCUUCAACUAACCCUUCGAAUGCAGCCAUCUCCUGUCGUUCCUUAGCCUGCGUAUCAGGCGCUUGAAAAAAAAAACAGUAAUGUCAAGAAAUGUGGGCAAGAAAGGACAGGGCGCGCAUUCUUUCUUGCUCUCUUUCAAGCGCCUGCGUAGUCGCUCCCUUCGCUGAUGAGGACGUUUCGCGACGGGGAAUCAUGAGAGGUGGCUGUAUUCGCGGGCUAUCUUUAACUAGUGCCUUCCAACUUUGUGCGUCUUUGUUUUCUUUUUUUAAUACAUUAAAGUAGGUUUCCUUUAAAUAUAUUUUAUAAAAAAAAUUGAAUUAAUUAUAAAGCUUGAGUCAGCUCGGUUUUGGCGAAACGAGUGAACUAAUCAUCAGUGUUGACUUCUUGACCUUUCGUUGUCCCAAUGUAUAAAGUCAUGUGAUAAUGCUCUUGAGAACAGGUCCUUUAAAGCGAAAUCGUUCUAUUUCGAAUGAACUAGAGUUGCAUUCUUGUCCACAGACCAAUGGUUUUCAGCGUGCAAGACUUUUUGAAGUUACUAUGAAAAAAUCGCAUGGCAACAAGUAAUGUACGUGUACUAAUUGAUAGUAAUGUUCACCAACGCUAGAGAUAUUAUAGUCAGUCAAUCUUCUUGACAGUGAAAUUUUUGAUACUUUAUCCAAGUUUGUGAUCGGUAUUUAUCUCACUUUCAGACUGGAAUGCUCAGAGGAAAAAGAAAACUUUUUGACUGGUCAACUUCAGGCCCUUCCACCUCCCGUGCCCCAACAGGUACAGCAUAAUAGUAAAGACAUUGAAUUUCCCUGUUUCAAACUAAGGCCCUCAUAAAUCCGUUUUCCCCAGACAACCUUUUCUUUUUCUUCACACCACUGAUCCAUAUCGGUAACCUCUGUACAGUCACAACGACCAUAAAUGUCAAUACCAAGAGAAAACUAUUCUUUUCAUAUUGCACAUAUUAUACCUAUACUUUCUCAACGUCCAAAAUCCCCCGACUGGUUAACUCGAUUGCUUGGAUAUCAGACCAUUUACACAAACCACCCGGGUGGAAAUUCUGUGCACACCGUGAUUUCUUAGGGAGUUAUUUUAACUCCAAAAAUGGUGUAAAAAUUUUAGGUACAGGAUAACCCCUUUUUGUGGGUUACUUUAACUCCUAAUUUAACUCCGAAUUUGGGGUCAUUUUUACUCCUGAAAAAGAGUUCUUUUACUCCCAGUCUGGAGUUAAAAUAACUCCGAAAUGGGGUUAUUUUUACUCCUUAGUUACAUGGAUUGUUUUUACUCUUUUUGGUGUUAUUUUAACUCUGAAAGUGGAGUAAAAAUUUUAGGUACAGGAUAAUUCCCUUUUUGGGGUUAUUUUAACCCCUCAAUAUCUGGGGUCACUUUUACUCCUGAAAAAGGGUUCUUUAAACUCCUUUUUGGAGUUAAAAUAACUCCCCAAAAAAUAACUCCAGUGUAAGGAGUUAAAUUAGCCCCACUAGAGGAGUUAUUAUAACUCCUUGAAAAUUACUGUGCGUAAACAUAAAUAUUAUAGAAUUUGACGUGCUGGGAGGACGACCCGCCUCAAACUAUACCCAAAUCAGCUGAGCAGACUAAUGAGAGUAGAAAAAUUACAUCAUCGCUAAACACAGCCCAUUUUUUCUGAAGCUUCCCAAACGGAAUGGCGUGAACCAUUUGAUUUUCCAACCGGAAUUUUCGGUUUUCCCAAGUAAAUGGUAAGUACCCCAGCACUUCGAUUCCCGCCCGGACGAACAGUCAGCGGGAUCGCGGUCAUAAAAUAAGUGAGGAGAAGGGGCCGCUGCUUUUACAUUACUUGUUACAUCUGAAAAUGGUGAGGAGUUCUAAUCUGCUCUACCGAAAACGAAAAACUGUAGGCCCGGUCUCGCAGCUGUGGCACUUAUCUGGGGCCGGAUUGUGCGUGAAGGGUACUCUCACGAAUAGCCCUUACGUUCGACUUGAGCCUUACGUUUGACGCUUUUUGGCCCCGUCUACGUUAGGAGUACGGCGUUGACGACCGUUGCACUUAGUCUCUGGUGUAACCAUUUUAUCCUACCGACCCUUGUCUCUUGUGGAUGAGAAAGAACCACUAGAGACGUAACACUCUCCCGGUAGUGCCCAUCCCUAGUACCCGUCUCCUGCAGAAUUUCGGAUUUUUUAUUUUUUGCACUAUUUCAAGAGGUUACCACAAAAUUUACAAUACAUAACAAAGUAAGAAAAAAGAAAACAUUAAAUUACAUGAAUCUUCAAAGGUGAAAUGUACGCAGUGACCAAAUGAGCUUAGGCGUGUAACUAACUGCGUAUACGUUUACAUAAAAACUACAAGUAACGUAUAAGGGAGAAAGGACAAUUAAAAGUGCAUAAAGUCUUAAUUCCAAUUUUAUAUAAAAACAGUAGAAAUGAUUAUUGAUAGUAAGGGCAGGGAUAUCAAAUUACAGCACUUUAUUUGGGACCAAGCUUGAAACGGUGGUCUUGAUACGCUCUCUGUGGUUAAUUUGUUCUAAAUCGAAAUAUAUCCCGUUCUCAUGAUUGAAUUUCCUGAGUGUUUCGUUUUGAGACUGAGUCCUUGGUAACCCACAAUCAUCACCGAUCUCUCUGUUCACACAGCAGUUAAAGGUCCCGUCCACAGUAAACCGGAUAAAAAAUAUGCGGUUUCAAAUAUAUCCGUCCGAAUUCGUGUGGACAUGGCCUUAGUAGUAUUGAAGUGCCUUAGUGAUCGAUGUCGCUGCUAUUGCUGAACGUGUUACCAUUUUUCUAUAAUAACGAUCAUGAGAAAACCAGUCUUUAAUCUCAUUCUCAAGGUACAAGAACGUCCCGUACUGAAGGCUGGUAUGCAGAGACAGUGCACGUAAGAAGUCAGCAUUUUGGCAAGCCCAGAAAGCUUUCAUAUGACGAGGAACCAUGUGAGUUCAAUUGAGUCAAUUAUCUUCGGUUUUACUUUUAAGUUCUUCGUAAACGAUUGCAGUUGAUUGUUUUUAUAGAUGACGUUGACGAGACGGAUGAGGUAGUAACUGAAAGAAGUGGAGAUUUCAGGUUGGUACGAUCUGCUCGUUUGAAUAAAAAAAGUCCGUAUACAAGUCAGUUUGAGCCUCCUGAGAUAGUGGAAGUGUUACACGACUUGUCUACCGUAUGUGUUGUGUAUAAUUUUCUGUAGGAGAGAUAUUCAGAGUCUGAUAAGCCUAGCUGGCGGCAAGGUUACCCAGGCAAAUCGGGUAAGUAGCAAAGUAGUUAGGUUAUGUCGCCUCCAACUGUACUUUAUUAGCGGGCGAGGGAGGAAUCUUUGUACUCUUUUAACCCGGUGUGAGCUAAAACGAGAAAAUUCCGUGACACAAUGGCGUAUGCAGUGCUUCUUUUCAAGAGUAGACUUGAAAGAAUCAAAUGCCCAAAGUCGAGAACGCUUUGAAUAGUCGGCAACUAAUAGAUUGGUUAUGGUGUGGCUUGUUUUAAAGUACAUUGACACGUCGUGUUCUGCUUAACUAGGAUCGUCCAAAUAGUAGAAAUACUAAUAUUGGGUGUUUAAAUAUUCUGUAUUAAACUUGAAUAUUCUGUAUUUCACUAACCAUUAUCCGAUCAAAUUACCAUGACUUUUUACAGAAAGCUGGUCAGAUCAUCAAGUCGUAUGCGCUAAGAGUCAACGAACUGAUGUCGUCUUCCAUUGACACCUUCUGGAACGAACAGCAGGCAGCCAGGUAAAAAACAAAACAAAAAAAACAAUGAGCUUAUCUAUUAUCUGGUAAUUUGCAAAAAUAUAUGUACAUGUUGCUACUUUUACUUGUAGCAAGCGAUGCAAUUGACCACUCCAGAAAGUACCAUAACAUACCAUAAUGCUCUUUGUUUGUCACCCCAAAAUUUUGCGUAAGCAUUGUCUUCAGUUUCUCUUGGGAGUUAAAAUGGCCCCAAGAGAAACUGAAAACAAUGCUUAUACAAAAUUUUGGGGUGAUAACCAAAGAGCAUUAUGGUAUGUUAUGGUAUUUCUGGAGUGGUCAAUUAACUCCCGUGUAUGGAUCCCGCUUAAUUUCAUCCUGUGAGUCAGUAUUCACGCAACUUGCAACAAGCUGAUUGUUGCAAGACAGGUUUGAACGUGGUUGGUAAAACUGGCAACAUCGCUGUUCAACUAGUUUUGCAGAAAUAAUGUAAAAUAAGUUGCGCGUUUAGGUUGCCCGUGUUAUACUAGCUUUAGACCAGUGACGUUUCAGAAAUAAAUGAAAUUUAUACCCAAAAUUGCACAGUAGCCUUCUAACUGGGUAAUGCUACUGUUUUAUACGUGGGUUACAUUCAUACAUGUGGUAUACUAGUUGUCAAAGUAUUAAAUAUUACAUUAUUAAAAACUGAAUCAUUGUAUAAUGCAAUUCUAGAGCUCUGAUUGGCUUAGCCAUCAUGGUAUAUGAGCCAUUAUACCAUGCUCUCCAAAUAUGGUGACAGUACGUGUCUGCUCAAAAUUAAAAACAACCUGAAAAGACGCUAACUUUUUCUUUUCAUUUCUUAUGUAUACUAGUUACAGUGCUAUAAAGAAAUACAAACGGCAACUGGUAGACCAAAUUAAGGGCCUAGAAACAGACUUGGACAAAACGGCUUCCACUGUAAGAGAAAUGGAGGUAGGUAUAUAUGGCAAUCCAACGAUCGGGAGUCCGUGUCCUUGUCUCUCGAUCACACUUUGCUCAACUCCUUGGCUAUGAUUGCAAAUGGACAACCGGUUGCCUCCUGUCAGCUGUUGUUUUACAGAAUCCUGCUGUAUAUAUAUUUUUUUCUAAUUAUUUAAGUGGAGUGCUAGUGAACUAGCCUCAGUGGAAAACCGAAGUGCACUUUCACGGUGAACAAAUUGAAGCAUUUACCACUUUACAAUUGUUGCACUAUUAUUUUCCAUGAGAUCCUUUUUAUCUAGAAUGUACUGUGUUAGAAUUCUCACAUGGGUAUUAUUUCUGUUCCUUAACACUGAAUGUUUAAAAUAAAAACACGGAAAAUGAUGGAUUGUAACGUUUGGAUUAAGUCCGAAUAUAUUAUUAUUCAGUAUCGUGGAGCUGACAAUUUUGUUCUAGUCAAAAGCAUCUAAAAUGCCCAGCCUAGUUUUAAGUUACCAGUUGGAAAAUAUACUUUGGAUCACUGCAGUCUUUUUCCCGUAAGCACUCUCAUCUUAUAUUUCCAGAGUACCUUUCUCAAACACUGCAAGGUUCUCAAGAACCAGAGGCAGGUCGAAGAAAAGAGGUGAGUGAUAGCUUUUAUCAUACGCUGGGCUAAGGGAAAGUUUUGGUAAAUCAACUGUUUGUAGCAUUUCCUGAAAGUAUGUCGGUCUUGUUUUGGUUAGUCACUCAAAAAAAUUAAAUCCCAUCUUUAUGCGAUUAACAAGUGCUAGCUUAAGCAGUCAUCGCCCGGUCAGUUGAUCUACUGGCCAACAAUGGCAAAAUCAAGGUCUGAAGGGAACUAGCAUGGCUGAUUGAUCAAGAAUUUGAAAUUUAUUUACGUCAAAUUUUGUUUGGAAAGAAUGUUUGGUUUUCCCACAGGCGUCCCAAGGUCACGUUACGAGUGUGGAUUGUAAAUGUACUUUGUCACAAGAGAGUCGGUGCCGCAUUACAGGCGACCGUUGAGACGUUGUAUGAGAAAUGAAACACUGAGGUCUGCAAACGUUAAAUAUCAUUAUAUUGUACCUUUUUUUCUAUAAAAUAAAUGAAGGAGACUUACCUUUGAUGUAUUCCUGUGUUUUGUGGGAAGAAUUCAUCGAGUUAGUCGUUUUUUGGCUGUUAUUGUGUGUCCCCUGUCACUCGUCACACAAUAACAGCCAACAUUCCACACUCGUAACGUGAGCUUGGGACGCCUGUGCUUUUCCUUGAAUGUGAGUUUCGACGAAGAAAGGCCCAAGAAUGGCUUUUAAAGAGCAACUUUCUUGUCAUACUGUUUAUCCUGGUCGUUAUGCUAGGUUUAGAAGAAUUCAGCAACUGCAGGAAUUAAUGGAAGCUGAACUGACAAUGAUAGAACAAAAACGAAAUAAAGAAAAGGUAAAAAAAGUACAUAAUCGCCAGUGUUAUAAACAACUGACAUUAUUAAAUGAACAGCCUCAUUCUACUGAUUUUGAAAAUCGAUAGAAUCCUCCAGAAUACUACAAGAUGUCGUCUUGUUUUAGCGGACUGCAUUCUUUAUUGUGAAUUUUUACACUUUCUUGUUGUACCCAAGUUGGAACGAAAAGUUAAUAGAAAGUGUCAUGACUUUACUUUCAGAUAAAUCUACUUUUAGUGCUUACGCUAGCCGGAAAAAGUAAAGCGAUGUGUACAAUUCUUUGUUAUCUUUGUUGUUUUUCGUUUUCAGGCCACUUUACAGGCCGAGUUGGAAAAAGAAACGGCUAGAUUUCAAAAGAAAUUUCUUCAAGAGACAGUAAGUGAAACGAUAAACUUUGAAAGGAAUUUGUCAUUGAAUAUAAUGACAAGUCAAUGUUUAUAUCCAAACGUUGUCCGGUCGUACUGUUGAUGGAUUUUUACUGCUGUACCAAAAAGGAAAAAAACAUGAGGGUCAUUGAGAUUUCUACUUUUGCACACGCGUUCAAUAUAUGACGUGGGUGACAUGCUCACAGUCAGUAUACAAAUGAGCAAUAAGUGCGAAUUCUUUUAUUUGGAAAAAUUUUUCCUGGGUUAACUUUCAGGUCGACCCGAAUACAGCAGAAAACCCGCAACCAGGAACCGGGUUUUUAAGAACCUGUUAGGCUAAAAUAUACCAGUUAGGCUCCCGCUUUACAAGAACCUGUUUAGCCUAAAAUUUGAAACAGGUUCUUAUUUUCUAAAAUCUAUAAAAAAAAAUCUGUACAAUUAAGCAAAUAAGAUAAGUCAACAUUCAUGAUCCUCUUUGGAGAUAUAGGUGCAUGCCUUAUCACUUCAACUGCAAUGUAAUGUUAUGCAGAUCUUCUAUAAGGAUUAAUCCGAAUAUCACUAAAUGCUCUUGGCUACAAUGUAUUUUUCCUUCAGAAUAUAAGAACCUAUUUAAGAACCUAAAUAGCCUAAAUUUGUGCUAAAUACCAUUUAUGUAAACUUGGAAAAAUACGGGUUGUUAGUUGCGGGUUUUUACUGUUUCUAGGGAAGAAAAUUAACCCAUAGACCACAAAAUUUCUUACUUAACCUUUUGUUGAUGGUGGUGUUGUUGCAUGAUUUUACGUAUAAAGUCAGCGGUAAACAAAAAACACACUAGUUGAAGUUUCUCUGGGCGCCAAUCAUUAUGCUUUGUCAGUAAAGCGCGGGAUGUUCUGAAGCGCAGAUCAGAGAUUCAUGGAAAACGAAAAUAACACUUGUUUUUUUCUCCGUAGCGCAAACAGAAAGAAGAUCAGUUGAAGAUGAUCUUGAACAUCAUGCGGAUCCCAUAA